CUCUCUCUCUCCUCUUCUCCAAAAGGGGCUUCUCUCCUUGUCCCUCGAGUCCUUUUUCUCCCUCUACAUCGAAACCCUAGAAAUUCAUGUUCCCGAAUCCCACAACUUUCGUUUCACACAGCCUAGAUUUGCUCACAUCAUAAACCAGCUCUAUUUCCAAGUCCAAUUCUUGUCCAAUUCGUGUGCAUAUUUCUCGUACAAACCCUAGAUCUGAUCACAAUUUCACGUAAUUCAUUGAGUUCAUAGAGCAAUUGCAUUCACCGAUUGAGCAUGGGUAUGGGUAGGGUUUACAGAGAAACCUCGAAGCCAUCGUCGUCGUCAUCACCGUCUUCGCCUCCGGUUACUACUUCGACAUCGAUCACCGAAACUGUAAAUGGGUCGCACGAUUUCAAGAUAACUGGGUACUCGCUGUCGAAGGGAAUUGGGAUCGGGAAGUACAUAGCCUCUGAGACUUUCAUGGUCGGUGGAUACUCGUGGGCGAUCUACUUCUACCCAGAUGGAAAAAGUGUUGAAGACAAUGCCGCAUACGUGUCCCUGUUCAUCGCUCUUGCCAGCGAAGGUACGGAUGUGAGGGCGCUUUUCGAAUUGACCCUUUUUGAUCAGAGUGGGAAGGAGAGGCACAAGGUUCACACCCAUUUUGGGAGGGCUCUGGAGAGCGGGCCGUACACCCUUAAGUAUCGUGGAAGCAUGUGGGGUUAUAAGCGGUUUUUCAAAAGAACUCUUCUAGAGACUUCAGACUACCUGAAAGAGGAUUGCCUUUCGGUUAGUUGUAGUGUUGGAGUUGUUAGGUCACACACAGAGGGCCCUAAGAUCUACUCUACACCAGUACCCCCGUCUGACAUUGGUCAGCAUUUUGGGCAGCUACUGGAAACUGGGAAGGGGGCAGAUGUAAACUUUGAAGUUAAUGGAGAAAUGUUUGCUGCUCACAAGUUGGUACUUGCAGCUCGUUCUCCUGUUUUCAAGGCUCAACUUUUUGGGCCAAUGAAGGAUCAAAAUACACAGUGCAUAAAGGUUGAAGACAUGGAGGCUCCAGUUUUUAAGGCUUUGCUUCAUUUUAUAUACUGGGAUGCGUUGCUUGACGUGGAAGAACUUACUGGUUUGAACUCGAAAUGGGCUUGUACUUUGAUGUCUCAGCAUCUGCUUGCUGCUGCUGAUCGGUAUGGUUUGGAGAGGCUCAGGUUGCUCUGUGAGUCUAAUCUUUGUGAUGAUGUUGCCAUAAACACUGUGGCAACAACAUUAGCCCUGGCAGAGCAGCAUCACUGUUUCCAAUUAAAAUCUGUUUGUCUCAAAUUUGUUGCAAUGCCUGAAAAUCUAAGAGCUGUGAUGCAAACGGAUGGCUUUGAUUACUUGAAGGAAAGUUGCCCCUCUAUUCUGACUGAACUCUUGGAGUAUGUCGCGACGAUUAGCGAGCACUCUGUCAUUGCCAGCAAGCAUGGGGAUGAGGCUCUCCUAGAUGGCAGUGAUGUUAAUGGUAGACGUGUGAAGCAAAGACUAUAAUAAAAAUUGUUUUGUACACCUCUUCAGUUGCCCAAACAAAACAAACAAAAAAAUAAAAAAAAAGGAAGGAAAAAGUAGCAGAAAGUUUGUGUCUAGGAUUAGAAGCAUUUUGCCAGUUUCUCUCGGCUUAGCAAUUUGUUGAGAUGUAAAUUUAGUGUUCACCUGGUUGUAAUCUGAAGUUCUCUUUUAGUAGUUUGCAUUGUCCAUUUUUUCCUUGUUCUUAUAUGCUUGUGUAUGGUUAUUGUGAUUGUAAGGUUUUAGAGAACUUUUUCUUCAGAAACUAAUCAAACUAUAAUAUUAACAGUUCAUAUGAUUAGACUUCA